GGUUUGGACGGCGCAGACGGCACGAGCGCAGGACGACGAUGAAGAUCAUCGACAAGAUCAACGACAAGAUCGAGAAGAAGGAGGCGUUCUACUCGUUCGAGUUCUUCCCACCUAAAACCCCUGCUGGUGUCACCAAUCUGUACUCGCGCAUGGACCGCAUGGCGUUGUUGGAACCGCUCUACUGUGAUAUGACGUGGGGCGCGGGUGGCAGCACGGCCAACAAGACCAUCGAGCUCAGCGCCAACGCACAAAAGUUGAGCGGUCUCGAGAUGCUCAUGCACUUGACCUGCACAAACAUGCCCAAAGGUAGCAUCAAGAACGCGCUCGACUCGGCCAAGGACGCAGGGAUCCAGAAUAUUCUCGCGUUGCGUGGGGAUCCGCCGCGCGGCCAGACCGAGUUCAAGGAAUGCGAAGGUGGGUUCUCAUUCGCGAUCGAUCUCGUCAAGUACAUUCGAGAGGAGUACGGGGACUAUUUCUGCAUUGCCGUUGCCGGGUACCCUGAAGGGCACUCGGACGCCGACGACCUGGACACGGACAUUUUGCAUCUCAAGGAGAAGGUUGACGCCGGCGCAGACUUCGUCGUGACGCAGUUGUUUUACGACGUGAAGAAUUACCUCAAAUUUGUCGACAAGUGCCGCGCCGUUGGUGUGACUGUCCCGAUCGUGCCAGGGAUCAUGCCCAUUCAAAACUACAAUGGCUUUGUGCGCAUGAGCACCAUGUGCAGCCACGUCCCUGAGGAGAUUCUCCAAGCUCUGGAACCGAUCAAGGACAACGACGAAGCCGUCAAAGAAUACGGCGUCCAACUCGGCAUUCACAUGUGCAAAGAGCUUCUCGCGCAGGGCGUGCCGGGGCUCCACAUCUACACGCUCAACUUGGAGCGGUCCACGCGACUGAUUCUAGAAGGCCUUGGCUUGACCGCCACCGCCCGCCGCGAACUCCCUUGGCGACCGUCGACGCUCGCCAAGCGCGCCGGUGAAUCGGUUCGUCCCAUCUUCUGGGCCAACCGCCCCAAGAGCUACUUGGACCGCACGGCCAAUUGGGACGAAUUCCCGAACGGAAGGUGGGGGUCGAGCGAAAGCCCUGCGUUCGGCGAGCUCAACGAGUCGUACUACUUGCAUGCGACCGCGUCGGUGCAGGAGCGCAAGGCAAUGUGGGGCGAAAACCCCGUCACUUACGAAGACGUGUACGAAACGUUUACCCGCUACGUCAUGGGCGCCGUCAAGUCGCUUCCGUGGUGCGAUACCCCCCUCCAUCUCGAGACCAAGUCGAUCCAGGAACGCCUUGCUGCCGUCAAUCGCGCCGGGUACCUCACCAUUAAUAGCCAGCCACGCGUGAACGCGGCGCCGUCGGACGAUCCCAUGUUUGGGUGGGGCGGCCCCGGUGGCCACGUGUACCAAAAGGCGUACGUCGAGUGCUUCGUGUCGCCGGAAAACCUCAAGCGCAUCAUCGAGAAAUGCAACAAGAUGAAACACGUGCAGUACCAUGCCGUCGACGUGCACGGCAACUCGUACUCGAACUGCGGCAAAGGCACGACUGCCGUCACGUGGGGCUCGUUCCCGAACAAGGAGAUCCUCCAACCUACGAUCGUCGACACUGACAGCUUCAUGGCGUGGAAGGACGAAGCCUUCAGCUUGUGGUUGUCCAUGUGGGCGUCGCUGUACAACGACGAGUCGCCUGCGCACGCCCUCAUCCACCAGAUCCGAGACACGUUCUUCCUCGUGAGCAUCGUUGACAACAACUUUGUCAACGGCAACAUUUGGGACGCUUUUGACGUGGACGUCACGACCUCCUCUGCCUCCGCUGCCGGCGCUUAAGUGAGCCCACCAGCGCGGGUUUCGACGUCGUGUCGUUUGGCGAAUGGCUCGAAGCAACCCCUCCUCGAUUUGGUUCGAGCAGGAUCCAUGCUUCUUCCCAUCUCCCCAUCUACCUCUCCACCGUCCCACCGUUAGAAUCCCUUAUACACCCAUGUUGUCUGGCGCGUGCCGUCGGCAUUCUUCCUGUUUCGCACGAAUUCCGUAUAAUUUCUCUUUAUCCGGAUACCUUGGCGGGGAAGUUUAAAAAUCCGAUUUCUGCAUUCUGCU